AUGGCAUAUCAGUUAUACAGAAAUACCACCUUGGGAAACAGUCUUCAGGAGAGCCUAGAUGAGUUCAUACAGUCUCAACAGAUCACCCCCCAACUUGCCCUUCAAGUGCUACUUCAGUUUGAUAAGGCUAUAAAUUCAGCAUUGGCUCACAGGGUCAGGAAUAGAGUCAAUUUCAGGGGCUCUCUAAAUACAUACAGAUUCUGCAAUAAUGUGUGGACUUUUGUAUUGAAUGAUGUUGAAUUCAGAAAGGUGACAGAACUUAUUCAAGUGGAUAAAGUGAAAAUUGUAGCCUGUGAUGGUAAAAAUACUGGCUCCAAUACUAUAGAAUGAAUAGAAAAAGAAAUGACUUU